AUGAUGCAUUCCCUUAAAAGAAGUUCUGUAGGUGUUAUUUUGAGAAAAACGCCAUCUUCUUCUUCUAUAUAUAGAAGAGUGGUGAAAAGUCGUUACUUAAAACCUCAAACAUCUUUUGGUCUUUCUGUUUCAUUAACCACGCAGAGACUUUAUUCUAGCCAUGAUGUUCCGCUUACAGCUGAGACUUAUAAGGAUAAGGUACAUAGAAAUAAGGAGUUUAAGAAGUUAAAUGAUGAUGAUGUAAACUAUUUUAGAUCUGUUUUAGGUGAUCCGAAUUUGUUAGUUACUGAUAAGAAUGAUCUUCUCUUCUUCAAUGAGGAUUGGAUGAGAAAAUACAGAGGACAAUCUCAACUUGUAUUGAAGCCAAAGACAACAGAGCAAAUCUCUAAAAUUAUUGAAUAUUGUAACAAGAAUAAGUUGGCAGUCGUUCCUCAAGGUGGAAAUACAGGAUUAGUUGGAGGUUCAAUACCGGUAUUCGACGAAAUUGUGCUUUCAGUUUCUAAUCUUAAUAAAGUAAGAUCAUUUGACCCUGUCAGUGGAAUAUUGAAGUGUGAUUCAGGGUUAAUUUUAGAAAACGCUGAUAACUAUGUCAAGGAUCAGGGUUAUAUAUAUCCAUUGGAUUUGGGUGCAAAGGGCUCUUGUCAUGUAGGAGGUACCGUAGCAACAAACGCGGGGGGUCUUAGGUUAUUGAGAUACGGCUCCUUGCAUGGUUCUGUUUUAGGACUUGAAGUUGUUUUGCCAGAUGGUCUGAUAUUGAGUUCGAUGGACUCUUUGAGGAAAGACAAUACGGGCUAUGACUUGAAGCAACUUUUUAUCGGCUCAGAAGGUACUAUAGGAGUUAUAACGGGAGUCUCUAUAUUAUGUCCUCCAAGACCACAAGCUUUCAAUGUGGCAUUUCUUGCAGUAGAUUCUUAUGAAGCUGUACAGAAAGUCUUUGUUGGUGCUCGCAAAGAGCUUUCAGAGAUUUUAUCAGCAUUCGAAUUUAUGGAUAGCAAGUCACAGAAAUUAUGUCAACGCUAUUUGAAGGUUGACCAUCCUAUAGAGAGUGGUGAUUAUCCCUUUUAUAUUUUAAUAGAAACAUCUGGGUCGAAUAAAGAUCACGAUGACGAGAAAUUGGAGAACUUUUUGGCCAAUGCUAUGGAAGAAGGCUUGGUUAGUGACGGUACAAUUGCUCAAGAUGAAACUCAGUUAAGAAACUUGUGGUCUUGGAGGGAGUCAAUACCUGAAGCUUCUACAUUAGAUGGUGGUGUCUAUAAAUAUGAUGUUUCGCUCCCCCUCAAGGAUUUAUAUAGCCUAGUUGAUGAAAUCAGUGAAAGAUUGUCUAAAGCUGGAAUUGUUGGAUUUGAGGAUUCUUCUAAGCCCGUCGUUGAAGCUAUCGGUUAUGGCCAUCUUGGAGAUGGGAAUUUACAUUUGAAUGUCUGCGUAAGAGAGUACUCUAAAGAAAUUGAAACUGUAUUGGAGCCAUUUGUGUAUGAAUGGAUCCGCUCUAAGAAGGGCUCAAUCUCCGCUGAGCACGGGUUGGGUUUCCAGAAAAAGAAUUACAUCAGCUAUUCUAAAAGUGGACCAGAGAUUGAACAGAUAAGAGAGUUAAAGAAGCAUUUUGAUGUGAAUGGAAUUUUGAAUCCAUAUAAAUACGUCUAA